AUGGAAGCUCAGGAAUUCCGCGAAGCUGCCAAAGCUGCCAUUGACGAGAUAACCGAUUAUCAUGAAAACGUCGCCGAUCACCGCGUCGUCUCAAACGUCAAGCCAGGCUAUCUUCGUCCCCUUCUCCCUUCCGCCCCUCCCAAAGACCCAGAGCCUUGGUCCGCCAUCCAUCAUGACAUCCAGUCCAAGAUCUUCCCCGGCAUAACCCAUUGGUCAAGUCCUCGCUUCAUGGCCUUCUUCCCUUGCUCCACCAGCUACCCUUCUGCUCUGGCCGAGAUGUACUCUAACGCCUUCAACGGCGCCCACUUCAACUGGAUCUGCAGUCCUGCUGUAACCGAGCUUGAGACUAUUGUCAUGGACUGGCUUGCGCAGGCAUUGGGUCUUCCAGAGUGCUAUCUUAGUGGCGGUUCUACUCACGGUGGAGGUGUCAUUCAUGGCAGUGCCAGUGAGGCUAUCCUCACUAACAUGUGUGCUGCGAGGGAAAAGUACCUCGCUGCUGUAACCGCUCACCUCCCUGAUGAUAGCGAGGAAAAGGAAGAUGCCCUCUGGAACCACCGCAGCAAGCUUGUCGCUCUCGGCAGUUCAGGCACACACUCAAGCACCAAGAAAGCCGCUCAGGUUCUUGGCAUCCGCUUCGCCACUGUCCCCGUCACCGAGGCCGAUGGCUUUGCGCUCAAGGGCAAGGCUCUGGCUGCUACUAUUGAGAACCUACGUUCUCGUGGCCUCGAGCCCUUUUUCUUGACUGCCACUCUUGGCACCACUGAUGUCUGCGCCGUCGAUGACUUUGAGGGUAUUGUCCAAGCUCUCAUGCCAACUUUCGAUACGCCCCAGGAAAUCUGGGUGCAUGUCGACGCUGCCUAUGCAGGUUCUGCGCUCGUUCUGGAGGAGAACCACCAUCUCCCCAAGGCUUUCUCAUCGUUUCACUCGUUCAGCUUUAACCCCCACAAGUGGCUGCUCACCACAUUUGACUGCUCUGCCGUCUGGGUGCGUCGUCGCGCAUGGCUCAUCCAAGCUCUCAGCAUCAAGCCACCCUAUCUGCGUAACCAGUUCAGCGACGACGAGCUCGUCACCGAUUACCGAGACUGGCAGAUCCCUCUUGGUCGACGCUUCCGCUCUCUCAAGCUAUGGUUCGUCAUGCGAAGCUUUGGUAUUAGCGGGCUUCAGAAGCACAUCCGCCACGGCGUCGAGCUUGGCGAUAGUCUGGAGACCAAGCUUGCCUCUCGCAGAGACAUCUUUACCAUAUUCACACCUGCGCGGUUUGGUCUCAUCACGGUAAGGGUCAACGGCGCAGACGAACGUGAGAUGAAUGAUCGUACUGAGGCGGUGUAUGAGGCUAUCAACGCAGCCGGCGAGUUCUACCUUACAGCCACUGUUGUGAAUGACAAGUUUGCUAUUCGGGUGUGUACUGGUGUGACCAAGGUGGAGGAAGAGCAUGUGCAGCGCAUGUUUGACAUUUUGGUUCAGACGGCCGAGGCUGAGAUUGCAAAGAAGGCAUAA